UGCUUUCCCCUCUCCAAUAGCACAGAAAGAUAAGAUUAUGGAGUUUUCUGACUCAGUUUAGGAUGAGAGGAAGAAUAAUUAUUCUUCCGACUAUUGGGGCUUGGCUCAAUGUCAGGAUUCUGGCAGGCAGUGGGACACUGGCUGGAGUCCUAUAUUUUUUGACUUUUUGAAUUUCCCUCGUACAGUCAGAUGAUCUGCCACACGGAUUGUUUCCAGGUUUCAAAUGGCUAACACGGCGCAGUCGCCAUCGUUAGUGAUGACGUUUAUGUUGAGAAAUAGAAACUUAACCUGCUCAGCAAAGCGAAACUAUCUGGGUGUAUUGCAGUCGCUGUCCGCCUGUAAAUGGUGGCUAUUCUUUGCAUUUAUCUCGGUUGUUUAGGCUAUGGAUGUGCAAAAUUAUGUUCCCAGACUGAAUGAACUUGCGCAGAAAUCCCGCUUGUCUCUGAGAUACGAGGACGUCUGUGCAGAUGGACCAGACCAUUGCCGAAUAUUCACAAUCAGAGUUGUGCUGGAUGACAAGGUCUAUCCUGCUGGAGUUGGGGGCAACAAGAAAGAGGCUAAACAAAAUGCAGCAAAAAAUGCUCUACAAGCCAUCCAUGGUGAAUCUGACCAGCAGGAUGUCUCUAUGACCAGGGCAGCUGAAUGUCCCUCUCCACGCCCAAGCUUUGGGCCUAUCACACAGCCAAACUACGUGUGCUGGCUCAACGAGUACGCCCAUAAAAUGAAGUGGACUUGCAGGCCUAUUGAAUCAACACAACUAGGCCCUCUCAACACUCCACAACGCUGCAGGUAUGUCGUUGACAGCAGGGAAUUCCCAGAAGCCUUUGGGAGCACAAAGAGAGAGGCCAAGGAGCUGGCAGCAAAAGCUGUGUAUGAGGAGCUAAUGAGCGAAUUAAACAAAGAGGGGGUAGACGAAAGCCAACCGGGAGAUGCCACAGGACAAGCCACUGGACAAGAUGAAGCAUUGAGUCAGGGUUUGUCUGCUGUCUGCAGUUUGAAUAGGUCCUAUGCAGCUGAAACCCCGUCAAUGAAGCAUGAAACAAACUACAUAGGAAUUUUGAAUACGUACUGCCAGACGACCAAACGUGUAUGUGACUACAAAUUGGUUGAAAAAAAAGGUCCCGCUCACGAUCCUGUAUUUGUGUAUAAAGUAGUGAUUGAUAAAAAGGAAUACCCUGAAAGCCAGGGGAAGAGUGCCAAGGAAGCGAAGCAAUUGGCUUCUCAGCUGGCUUGGGAAGCUCUUCAGGAGCAGUCUGACUGGGACAGCCAGGUGUCGGGCGGGUGGACAGUUUCAGAGGACGGCACACCAUCUCCUCCUUCUAGCGCACGUGAAUCUGAGGUUAAGACUGAAAUGAAUAACCAGGCCGAAAGCAGCAGUGGAGGCAUCGUCUUCCAAAGCUCUUCCACUGCUAACAGGCCUAAUAUGGCCUGCAGUUCAGCAGAUGUCAGACCAAAGAGAAAAUUGGCGCCUAGUUUUUCCAAUGCGCUAUCAAAGGAAAGUGGUGUGAAAAACAACAAUUUGAAAAAAGUACCAGAAAAGACCACUCCAGACUCAUGCUUUUUAAGGGAUUAUGACCAAAUAAUGUCAAUUGGAAAAGGAGGAUUUGGCCGUGUUUUCAAGGCAAGAAAAAUAAUUGAAGACAAAAAUGUUGCAGUGAAAAUUGUGAAGAGUACAAAGAAAGCCCUUCGAGAAGUCAACGCACUGUCAGACCUUCAGCAUCGCAACAUUGUGCGGUAUUACCACGCCUGGAUCGAAGACACGCGAUACCAGCAGGACCCUUCUGACUGCUCCAGCAGCACUUCUGACAGCGGUUCAACAGCAAAGUAUGUGUACAUACAAAUGGAACUGUGUGAGGGAGGCACUCUGAGGGCGUGGAUCAAAGAGCGAAACGGCAACAGCGGCCAGGAAAUGAGGGACGAAAAGGCCCUGCACAUUCUCCAGCAGGUGGUGGAUGGGGUGCAGUACAUCCAUUCAAAGAAGCUCAUUCACAGAGACCUGAAGCCAUUGAACAUACUGUUUGCGAGUGACAAGACCGUGAAGAUCGGAGACUUUGGGCUUGUGACCUCGGCAGAGGGUGACAGCGAUGAAGCCAUGCUGGAGAGGACCAAAGGAAAAGGGACACGGUCCUAUAUGAGCCCUGAGCAGGAAGACCAGAGGUCAUAUGAUGAAAAAGUGGAUAUUUUUCCCCUUGGCCUGAUCUUUUUCGAACUCCUCUGGAGGAUUGGAACUGGAAUGGAGCGGGCGAAGCUUUGGGGUGGUCUGAGGUGUGGAGAGCUUCCGGAGGAGUUCUGUACAGAGUACACCACCGAGCAUGUGCUCAUCCGCAAGAUGCUCUCUAAAGCUCCAGCAAACAGGCCAGGGGCCAAAGACAUUGCCAAGCAGCUGAACGUCCUGCUCAAAGAGCAGACCUUUCCGAUUCCUAAGAAUAUUACCGUUUGAGCAUUGUUCAACAACGAGUGUUUACAAUGCACAAUUAAUUAACUGUGUGGGAUAGACAUGCAUUCACCAGGGUUGAUGUCAAACAGUGUCAGCGCUAAAGCUCUUAUGCACUUUAUAAUGACCUUGCAUAUCAGACAUUUUCCUUAUGUUUUUAUGACCUAAUCAUGUUCUGGGAGAGGGCUUUUUAACUGCUUUUACAUGGAGCCUGUUCUAAACAGGAAAGAUCACGCAACAACAAUUUUUUCGCAAAGAAACAUGUAUGUAAAACAUACAGCAUAUACUUUUAGAAAAAUGUUAUAAAAACGUUUCUGUUUCUACUGUUAACAGAGUGUGGGGAAAUAUAAAUAUAAAGCAGGUAUAUGCUUUUAAAAAGAACUACUGGAAAAAGAUAUGUUGAAGCUGCCAGGUAGCUUGUCCAUCUGAAACACUUGGUUAUGGCACAGUGACAGGUGUUAAAACCUGACCAUUCUGAUGUAGACUGUGAUCUGUGGAAUUAGGGUUUUAAUUGGCCGGGCUGUCACAUCAUGUGAGAGCAAGCCCUCUGAUUGGACACCUGCAGGCUGUGCCAGCUGAUCAUGAAAUUGCAUUUCAGUCUCUGAAUUACACAGAAGCAUUAGCAACACAAGAGGUAAAGGAGAUAGUCCAUACAUGCUUCUAUCAACUGUAAUAAUGUAUGGGGAUGCGUCAUAGCCUGCUUAAGCCUAAUUGCUUAAACAAAAAAUGAUUUUUUAAACAAGGGGUCAAAUCCCACAGAACGUGUCAAGUACAUAUGCAAAGGAAUGUCCUGUCAGUUUUGUUGUGAAUUAACCACAUCUGUGUCAGUCAUACGAUGAACAACAAUGUCACAAAUAUUCUAGAAAUGUUCAUCUUACAUUUACAGUAUGUGCACUUUCAUACAUGUAGCUAAACUACAAUUAUGAUACUUGUAUCUUGUAUAUGGUGUGCUGCUGAUACAUUACUGUAAAUAAAAGGUGAAUUUUAUGCUACAUGAAUAUAGUUACAUUUUCAUGUCAACCAGAAAUAAAAUAUUGGAUAAAAUUA